AUGCCUAGCCAUGACCAUGACCAAGACCAAGGCCAAUUAGACUCGAACCCACAAACACCGGAGCCCAGGGCUAGACCAGUUGGUGCCACUGAGUACAGUUGGUGCAGAUCAGUUCCUCUUGGCACAGGCAUCACCGUCUUAGCUCUCCUCUUAACAAAACGACCCAAUAUCCAUCUUCUCCAAACUAUCCUCGACAAACUACAAAAUUCCCGUCCUCUCCUCCGUUCCAAGCUCCGUUUCAAUUCCACCACCAACACCUUCUCCUUCAUCACUCCAACCUCUCCUCACGUCCAAAUCCAACGAUUCGAUCUUUCAUCAACCUCUGACAUUAUCUCCAACAACGACCGAAACAUAGACCCUUACCACCUUAUUUUAGAGCACGAACUAAACCAGAACUCUUGGUCAGCAUAUCUUGACCAAUCAUCAGACGCUGAAACUAACGUGUUUUUUGUUACUUUGUACACGUUGAGUGAAAAACGUUGGGCGGUGGUCCUCCGGCUGCAUACGUCGACAUGCGACCGUGCAGCGGCGGCUGGGUUGUUGAGAGAACUUUUGGUUCGGUUCGGUGGGGAAAGUCUAGGAGGGACACAGAAGGAAUAUGAGAAUGAAGUGGAGGUUAGUUUGGGAAUUGAAGACCAUGUUCCGAAUGGGAAGGGUAACAAGCCAUUUUGGGCGCGUGGGCUGGACAUGCUUGGAUAUUCUUUGAACUCGUUUAGAUUGUCCAAUUUGGAUUUUGUAGAUGCUGAUUCUCCUAGAGGCUCUAAAGUGGCGAGGCUUCAAAUGAACCCAGAUGAUACCCAAAAGCUCCUUGAUGUAAGUGGUUUUGUCUUCGCAUUGUUAGAUUUGUUUGCUAGCUAUCGUUUGCUUGUGAUGCGUGUUAGAUCAAUUCUGCAUCUUAUCUGA